GAGAUUUUCAUCGAACUAGAAUAAUCUGGAAUAAUUUAUAACGGUUUUGAUCAUUUUCAGACUGAUCACUAUGGAUUUUCAACUCUCUUAGCAGGAACUGGAACACACUUACCAUGGCAGCAAUGUUUGAAUUCAAAGACCUGCAAAUGGCAGCCAAGAAUGUUGCUUUUAAAUCUGACGACAUGUUAAAAACUUUUGAAGAACAAAUACAGAAACUGGAAAACGCAAUAAUUAACAAAAAAAUCACUGCAUUUAACAGUGCUGUCAAAGAUAUUCAAGAAUUUUUGAAGGGAGUCAAAUAUCAAAAGAGUGUUAAGGAGUUUACAAGCAAGCUUUCUAGUUUGGACAUGACUGUGAAAAGCACAAGAGGAAACAAAUUUUCUGCCAUUAAACUGGAUAGUGAUAUGGCGGUUGAUGGAGAAAAAAUCGGCGAGCGAAAAAUGAGCGGCAGCAGUGAGAGAGGUCAUCAUGAAUUCCAAAGAGCCCCGGAACGAAAGAAUCUUCAAAGAUUGACACCUGAUUCUUGCAAACAACCAUCUGACGUUGAAUACUGCUGCCAAGAAGUUCAAAAAUUGUACGACAAGCUCAAAAUAGCAUGUGACAAACACCAGAAAACGGAUGAAAGCCCAUUGCUACAGCAGGGCAAAGAAGAAGCUAAAGACCAAAAGAAACACUUACAAACAAUCAUAGAAGCUGCAGAUAAACAGGUUAACAAACUCGUAGAUCUUCUUGACAUGUCAAGGGGUACCAGCAAAGUAAAGGAGAUAAAACAAGAAAAGCAUAUUCAAAUUGUUACAGAUAAAAAAGAACAGGAAUCAAAAGCAAAACUGACAGCAAUCACGGAUUCGCUAGAUAAGUUGAAGAAGCAAAUUGAGGACUGCAGUUACGAUGUGACGGUAUUUCAGAAAUUGAAAGUCAAGGAUGAAACGCAUGAUGAUAUGAACAAGUGUAAGGCUUGUUUGACCGACAUUUGCAUGAAACUGAAAAACAGAAAUGACAAAGAAAAAAGACAGACUACCGAAAAGGAAAAGAUUAGGAAUGAUUGGGAGAAACAAUGUCAACUUAUUAAGAAGAUUUUGCUUAAACUGAAGACUGACAGCGAUGAUAAUGGGAACCAGAAAGAAGAACCAACUGAUACGACUUCAGCAUUAAAGGAACUGGAAACUAAGAUAUUAGAAAAUAAGAAAUCUCUGAAGGAAUUCAACGAAAUGCAAGAACAUUUUAUAUCUGAAAUCAACCUUCUAAAGGAGGAGAUAACGCGUUUUGAUGACGAGACCGAAGUCACUAUUAAAGGAAAUGCAACAAAAUCUAAUAUUCUACAAGAGAUAAGAAAUGUACGGAAAGCCCUAAAUGCGAAAAAGAAAGAAAUAGCAAACGACGAGAAAAACAGCAAAUCGAAGAGUACCAAACUGCGGAAGCAUGUUAACAGCUUGUGGAAAAUAGCGUUUAAUACAGAUAUGGAUGUUGCAAAUGCUGGAGGUGACGAUGGCAAGACGCAUGAUGCAUUGCAAAUGUUAAAUAUGAUCGUUCCUGAAUUAGAAAAGUUUGAGAAAAUUUCAUUCGAAGUGGAGGAUGCAAGUGAGAAGAUUCAUAUUGAUGUGAUUGGAGCACCGCCUUUUUUGAAAGAUACCGAAGAAUUGAAAACACCAAUAGGUGUUUUGAUAAAUGUUCUCAAAACUCUAAAAAGUUGCCACGCAGAAACGAGCCUCUUCGUUGUCAAGUUUUCUGAGCUGGAAAGCGCAAUGUCCAUAGAAAGAAGUAACAAAACAAUUUCCGAAAAGUGUAAGCUGAUGACAAAAGACGCCCUGAGGUGGAAGACUGAAAAUCACGAUAUGAAUGAUAUUCUGGGGAAAUGUCUGAAACUUCUUCCUAUGGCUUAUUCUGGGCUGAUAUCUGAGCCGUACUGGUUUUCAGAGCCUCACAUUAAAAUGGAAACUAUUGAAAAGCGUUACCCAGAAUGGUUACAUAAUGUUGCAUAUGCUAUAAGUAAUAUUCGCGGCUGCAUUAAGGAAAAUAAAGACAG